CUUUCACCAUUUAGCAAAUCGAAUUUAAUAUAGCCAAUGUGACUUAAAUAAGCCACUGAUUUUUGUAUUGAGUGGUAUUAGUAAGUGUAUUACACUGGGGACGAGGGAACCAAGCGGGCUAACGCGUGGGCACCACACCACAGGCCCGUCAACCUGACAACCGAGGUUUAGAGGAAAAAAAAUUAUUACGAGUUCGCGUACCAGUCCCGGGAGCAGAGAGAGAAAUACUUUAUUUAAAGCAGUGCUGCCCUACUAUAUAGGGUUGCUCGAUAUACAGCACCCAUCAAUCCUUUUUUUUGGACAUAGCACUUAAUUAUAUGUUUAUAUAUAUACAAAUUCUUUUUCAUAAUACACAGCAUAAACAAUAUCAAUACUGUAAUAUACUAAUACACACAAUUACAAUCAUACAAUAUAUACAUAUUUUGGUAAAACCAAUACAAGACAGUUUAGUAAAUUUAUACGGCCAAAAAAAAAUAUAUAUAUAUGGUAUUUGAAUGCAAAUUUUAUAACCAGAAAACUAGAAUGCAUACACAGCAAGUAACAUAGUCCCAUGAACAUAUACAAAAAGAUAUGGUCACUUAAAUCUUUUAAAAUUGAAUAAAUAAAUAAAUAACUCUGGUAUAAAUCCCCUGGCCAGGGAAAACCCCAUAUAUCCAAAAGGCGAGGAAGGGGUGGACGAAUAAAAAAAAAGUGUGUUAAGCCAAAGUUCACUGCCUGACUAAGUCCAUCAAUUUUAAAUAAAUAAACUUAAAAAGAGAAAGUAGGAUUUGAAUGUAGUUCAUUUAACAAAGGAACCAAGUGCUACUUGGUAUGCUGGUAUACUCCUUAAGCUACCUUUUACCAAUUUAAAUUUUGCAUCUAUCAGUUAAAAUUAUAGAAUAAAAAUACAUAACAAGUUGUUAUGUAUGUGUUAGUUGGUAUGUCUGUGUUAUUAACAACAGAGACAGAUUCGUAUUUUAAGAUGUUUUUCCAAAUCAUUUUAAGCGAUAAUUUUAACUGAUGUAAAAUACUUCUUUUGAGUAAAUAUUUAUUUCAAUCUAUAAUAUAUAACUUUUAUUGCUAAAUAUUAAUGGAUGCAAUCAUUAGUGAAAUUUAUAGGAGAUAUUGCAUAUGGUAUUAAUAGAUAAUCCAUCGGUAUUAAUAGAAAUAAUUUGGUUUUGUAAACUGAAAAAAAACAUAACUAAUAUUAAUUAUAAAAUUUUGUAUUAAACACCACCAGAGCCACAUAUCAAAAUAAAUAAAACUUUAAAAAACACACUCAUUGCAAUAAGGUUUAUGGUUUAAAGUGCAAAAUUUUCUUCUCAUCAACACCUGCAACUCUUUUUUAAGAGAAGCAGGGAGGUCUAAAUGUGGGAUAUCUUCAAUACUAGAAACUAGAUCUCUUAUCACCUGUAAGGAUCUCAUUUUCAGAGAAUACAGUGGAUAUGUUAUUGGAAUUAUUCUUCUAAUUGCUACUUCAGUGCCUUGAAAUCUUGGUUCUAUCUUCCUGGCAAGUUCAUUUUCUUUUUUCCACGACUGAGGGUAGAAAACCAAGUUCCAUUCUCCCAUCAAUCUGUCUCCAUUAUCAUUGUUUUCAAAAAUCCAUAAGUGAGUGACAAAAGUAUUUACAUCUAAAAAGUCACCAGGUCCAAUUGUGUUAUACAGCUUUUUUUUACCCUCAUAAUCAAGCCAAUAAAUUCUGACUUUAUAUUUAGUGAAAUUUAUAAAUCUUACAAAAGCUGGUAUAAGGCUGGUUUUAGAACAAAGUUUGCCUUCUUCUAAAGUUCCUGAUGACAGCUGCAUAAUAUAAAAAAUAAAUUCAUUUCAGUUGUUAAAAAAACUGAUAGUCUGUUAAACAACUUUAUUUCACAACACAACAAGAUACCCGUACUCCAUGUAACCUCAUGUAACCUCGUGUAAACAACUUAUGACAAGAAUUCCUUAUUACCAACCACACAACAUAAAUAUCUCUCAUGUCUCUUAAUCUUGGAAUUUCCCACACGGAUACGUGAGAAUGGGUAUAACAUUUUUUUAUAUGUUCGGUUUUAAUACCAGCUAGUUAAGUACUGUAAAUUUGUUUUGUUUUUUUAUUUUAACUUUAAUAUUUUAUGAAGUUUGUAAUAAUGUUAAUUUUUGUGAUAUGAAUACUUGACGUUUUAUUGGUUAAGAUAACAUUCAUCUUAAACUGAUGUUAUGUCUUUAUACUAUUCCUUGUUAAAACUAGGAACCAAGGUAGUUUAAAUAUUGAACUUUAUAUAAAUAAUGAAUUAUGGCUGUGGAAUUAGAUGUACCAUAUAAACAAGGAUAUCUGUGGAUUCCACCAAAUGGACAAGUGAAAAAGGUUGUGACUAAAACAAAAAUCCAUUAUUUUGCUGGUAGUUCUGAAUGUGAUAUGCUUGACUGGAUUUCUGCUUUCCAAAGUGUAGCAUUUCAAGACUCUGCUUCCAGGCAGACAAUAGAAGAAGACAAUGAGUUGUAUUGCUCAUCUGGAGGAGAUGCAGGAGUUUAUAAGGUGAUACUGGUUCCAACUGAAGCCUCAAAACGCUGUGAGCUGUCCCCGGGUGAUUAUACCCUGGUAGUUUCAACUGUAGCUCUUCAGCUGAAGCAAAUAAGAGAUAAUAGCAUUCUAUUCACAUGGCCCUAUAGAUAUAUUCGUCGCUAUGGGCACAAAAAAGGAAGAUUUACUUUUGAAGCUGGCCGAAAGUGUGAAAGUGGAGAAGGGACUUUUGACCUCGAACAUCGCUCACCACAAGAUAUUUUCCGCAUGAUGUGCUCUAGAAUGGCUUCAAUGAAACAGCUUUUGUCAAGUCGAGACAAUUUACUUGGUGACUCCCAGUUUCAGCAUGCAUUAGGAAUGCAUGCUAGAUCCCGAAGCCCUCUGCCCCCUUCUCCUACAUCAACUACACCAAUACCACUACCACCACGUAAACCCCCAAGAAUGCAUCCCCCAAUCCAGAAAGUGGAAAUUAUAGAACAUUCUUCACUUCCUAAAAUAGAAAUAAAAGAUACAGAUAGUAAGGAAGAUUCUUGGAAGUCGGUUGAAGCACCAAAUAAUCUCAAAGUAUUAAAUCAUGAGAAAAAUUCUAAUAAUUAUGAUAAGCUAAAUCAUUUUGGCUCAAUUUCUCGGAUAAAUUUAGAUCCUUCUUAUACCCAGGUUACCUUUACUGCAGAUUGGAACUCACCUCAAGUUGUCGAAGAUCAUGGAGGUUAUGGAAUAAUAAGAAAGAGGAACCAAACAGACCAUACUAUUUCUAACGAUUUAGAAUAUGCUGUAGUAUGUAAACCUCACCGAGUUUAAUGAAUUUUAUUUUUUAAACUUAAAUGGUUGUUGGUUUAUAUAAAUGUUAUUUUAUUUGGUUGUUAAGUUUUUUUUUUUACUUAUAUAGGUGUUUUUGUAAGAGCUAUUAUUUUAUUUACUCAGUAUUCUAGGUAAUUAUUUUUGUGCAAUAAUUUUCUGCAGAUUUUUUUUUCAUUGAAGGCGUAGGCUUAAGUCAUUUUAAAAAUAGAUAUAAUUAUAUCCAUAUGAAAUAUUUCUUCAUUGACUGAAUUAAUUGCUUAAACAUUUAACUUAAUUAUUGGCACAUAGAUGCAAAAAUCAGUCAAAUCCUUUAAUAUAAUAUAAUAAAAUAAGGCUUUGUUUUGAGAGUUAGACCAAUUUCCAAUUUUUUAAAACCAUAUGAGCAUUUUUAAACUUUCUCACUGACUGUAAUAAAAAUGAUAAGUUCCUGACUUUUCAAUAAAUAUACAAUAUUGUGUGUAGGUAAACAACUUAAGGAAAACCCUUUUAGUGUUCAAGCAACUUUUCAUUGCUAAAAUAACAAUCGACAUAUGAAUUAGCGUACACAAUUGAGAGAAUAUGAAACUAAUCUGAAGUUAGAAAAAAAAAAGGGAAGAAAAAAGAACCAAGAUGAUCUUCUCAAGGUUUCAGCAUAACUCCUGGCCUAAACUCUGUUCACAAUUGCUCUCCCUUGAUUUUUUUGCCUGUAGGUGUUAGUAAAAAUGAUUCUGAAAAGGGGGAGGGAAGAAAUUAGAUGAUAUAUAAUUUAUUUUAUGGAUUUAUAGGAUUAUUUUAAUUUAAAUCCUGGACAUAUAAUAUUUGUAGUUUUAAAUUUUUCAUUUUUUAACUUAAGCAUUCUUAGUAUUUCAGUUUAUUCAGGUGUGUUUGCUGCUAGUCUGAUACCAUAUUAAAUUAAAUUUCUUUAAAGGAUAUCAAUUAUUUAAAUUUUAAGUAUUUCUUUUAGAUAAAAUGUUACAGUUUUUUGUGGUUUCACAUUAAAUGCCUCAUUUAUUACAAGAUCUUUUUUUUUUUUACAAUAAGGAGUAAAAAGAUGGAAUAUAUUUUUGUUGCAUAUACUGUGGUACUAAAGUUAUUUUUUCUGAAUACAAGUAAAUAGAAGAAAAAAAGUUCCUGCUAUUGAUAAUUUUUUUUUCUUGUUUUCUUGAUCCAAUGUUGAUUUUCAUAUUUAACCUUGAUUUAUUAUAAUUCCUUAUUUUCUUUCUAUGUUCACUUAUUCUAAUGUGCAAACUCAGAUAAUAUUAUUAUUUCCACAUUUAAUUGAGUUUAUUCACCUUUCGAAAAGGCAAAUCAUUUGUUAAAAUAAUAUUUAUUGGUUUAUAGCAAUUUUUGUUUAGGUAAAAUAAUAUUCAUUGUGACUGACUAUAUGGGAAAUUUAAGAGUUAGGUUCUCAAACUAACCACUGAAUAGUUACAGUUUAAAAAACAAUUUUUCAAGCUGAUAGGUUGUGGGUCAAGAUUGGAGGAUGUGGCACAAAAAGGUUAAAUUUUAUAUAUUUUUUUAUGUUGAAAUGGGGAGCAGGAUAACUCAGUGGAUGGGCACUGACUUCCAGAGCUCAACGUCACAGGUUCGAAUCUGGCUGAUAGCUAGUAACUUUUCAUCAGCUGUGGGUCGACCCUAGAGCAAAUCCAGCCUCUAUAAAGUGGGUACUCUUAAUUAAAUAAUAAUUAAGAGGUAAAACUUGGCAGUUGAGUGUGACAUUGUUCUGUCACCUCUCUGCAGAACGGUUGGCCUUGUAACAGUACUUCCUCACAUUGUACUGAAUCCAAGACACUUCAUGGGUUGUUAGUGGUACAGAUUUUUUUUUUAUGUUGAAAUGGAAGAUUGUUGAAUAUAAAUUGUCCUUAUGACCUACUAACUUUUUUUUCUUUUUAUAUUAAAUACUACUCUCCUUUUUUCUUUUCCUAUUUAAUUUUCCUUUUGUGACAUUCAGUUUUGUUUCAGCGAACAGUCAAUAUAAUCAACCAAUUUUUCUAAUCACCGAAAGUUCUUCUAGGAACAAAUAUUCUUAAUGCAGCAUGUAUAUUGGUCUUGUCUUUAUAAGUAUUAUAAAUGGUUGCUUUAUUACAAUUGAAGUUGUUAUAGAUUAGAUAUAAUCUUUAUAUAAGAGAGCAUACGUUUUUAAUGAUAUAAUUCUAUAACAAAUAACUUGAAAUUUGUAAUUGUAAAGAAAUUUAUUAGAUUUUUAAUCCGUCCAAGAUGAAAAAAAGUGAAUGGUGCUUACGAACUUUCUAGUUAUAAAGAUUUCAAAAAGAAAUAGAUAAGGCGCUGGGUGUUUUCUACAGAGCAACUCAGAAUUAUUGCUUAGAUAUCUAAAAGAAUUAGAAUCACAAAACUUCUGAAAAAAAAAACAAUGAAAACAAACACAGCUCUAUAGAUAUAAGUAAAAACAAGAAAGAUUACGGGUGGUGGUGGAAGCCUGACUGUUUUUUGCACGCUCCAUUGCCUCCAGUUUCAAGUAUUUUUAAAAUUGAUGUGUUUAACUGAUUAUUAAUUGCUUACAUUUCAUGAACUAUGUGAAACUUUUUCGACUAUUGAUUUAAUUACUUCCGGUUAAAUGAUGAACUUCUGUUUGUUUUAUCUAGAAACUAAUGAUCUUUUACAGAAUAAUUUUUAUGUUGAAUAGUUACUUUUCAGUAUCUAUCGUGAUUGUUAGCAAAUAUCAUUGACAAAAACAUAUACAGAAGAAGAAAAGUCUUUAUUGGUAUAGCCUAUACAAAUUAUAAAACAAGAAUAUUUAUUAAAAAAUUGUUAUUCUGGAUUCAACAUGAUCUGAAAUAUUCUUUCUAAGGUCAUCAUGGUGUUUGAGCCUUCAGACCAUAAGCACGUUAGUGGCUUACUUCACAGAUGUUAUAAGUAACAAUUUAAAAAGUUUUGGAAAAUGCCUAAUCUAGGUUAGCACAUUUUCUUUAAAUAAACAUAAAAUAUUUUUACAAAUUAUCAAAUACAAUUAAUAAAUAUGGAAUUACAGGAUGUGGUCAAAUCUUAAUUUUUUAAAAUGUCUAAUUGUAAUAUAGGCACUUGCAACAUCUGUGUGGUUGAUCAUUGAUUUAUGGGGAUUUCAUUGAACAUAAUAAUUUACAUGUUGUAAUGGUAUAUUAAUUUGAAAACUUAAUGGUUGACCGUUGUAUAUUUUAGAGGAAGGGGAUGGUCCGGGGUGACGGUCAUAAAUUCAUUUGUUUAUGAAAUGGGUUUGAUUUUAGGAAGUUUAAAAAAAUACAAUAGGUAGCUCUUAAGAAUUAAUUAAUUCAAUACUUGUUCAAGUUUUUAAGAGUAAAACUGUUUUUGUUUUCAGUAUUUUAUGAUAAUUUAACUAGUUAUCCUGUCUUUGCAUGUAUUAUAUUUUGCAUUUGUUUAACUCAUCAUUAUGUCAGUUCAGUUUGAAGGCCAUAGAGGAUUACACCAAUUUUUUCACUUGAAAAAAAUGGUGAUUGUAUUUAUUCAUUGUCACAAUGUUUACCAUAUAAUUACUUCAAAAUAGUAAUAACUUAGCCUAUCAGAUAUGAUCAGCCUCCUAUCAUCAUUGACAGAAUUAUUUAUUUUAUUUUUUUUCUAGGAUGGUAAAGAAAUUCAUUCCUUAAUAAGGCCUUGUUAAAUUCAAAAUGAGAUUACCUGUGACUAGUGUUAAUUUAUCAUAGUAACACUUGUCACUAAUCGUGAAGGUAAUUUAGCUAUUAAACAGUAAUUGAAAUUAAAUGGUUUAUUACUAGUUUACAGCAGAUUUCAUUUUUAUACAGUUUUUGUAUAUUACCUUUUUAUAUCUUCUAUACUCGUAUUUUUUUUAUAAAUAAAAGAUGUUCUUAUUUUAAAAUGUGAUUACUUACCGUUUUCAUCAACCAAAAUAAAGAUAGAUAAUCUAGGUACAAUUCGACAAGUCACAAGUGUUAUUAAAUGGAAUUACUUAUAAAUUUCUUUGCUCAAUGAAUUGCUUAUAAAUUCUCAUAAAUUUUUUUGCUAAUGCAUUUUAAUUUUAUUUUCAUUUUUAGUUGUUAUCAUGAAAUUGCGAGAGGCUCGAAUAUUGCAAAUAAAUUUAUUAUGCUGAUGACUUAUUGCACAUAAAUUCUCCAUAAUAAUCUCAGAAUAAUUAUACGAAAAAUAAAAAGAGUUAAGUAAUUACUGUUUUUAUGUAAUACACAAUAAUAAACUUGUUUUCUUCUUGAUAAUUAUUAUCAUAAUAUAUUUUUGAUGGUAACACUCGUGAAAGCAAAUUUAGACUAAAUAUUUUUAUUAAUAUAAAUAACUAAAAACUUUGAUGACCUCCCACUAUGUAUAGUAAUUGUUCAUUAGGAUAAUAACAACAAAAAGUACUGACCAAAGUUACAGCUUCAGAUGUUUUUAGGCACUUCAUCAGCAGUUUAUUUAAAACUAAUUAUCAUUACUGAACUGAUCUAUUAAAAAGUAAUUAUUAUUUUAAAUGAAAUCCACCUAUGGGUCAUUUUAUUUAUGGCCUUAUUUUAUUUCAAUUUAGUAUUAUUGAAUCGUGUACCUGUGAAUUUCAUUGGAUUUAUUUCUGAGUACCUUCAUUUGUUGAUGUUUUCAUCUUAUUUCAUUGUGUCCUUUAUUACUGCACACUUCUUCUAGAAGAACUAUUUAAUUCUUUUAAUAUGGCUCGAGCAACUCUACUUUUUGAAUUAAGGCUAUAUUCCAUUAUAUACUGACAUAUGAUCAGUGAACCUCAUAUUAAUAAUUUUUAAUGAUCACUGUAGUUACUGAAAUGUAAUUUGAUGUACCAAUUCUAUAAAAGACCCAGAACUAAUUCCAUUCCAGUAUUUUCAUCCUGCCAAAUUUAUGUAUUGUAAUAAUCCUUCGCUGUAAGAUAUUGUUGUAUCUAAGAAUUUUGUAAUAACAUAAUUAUUUUGGAAUAUAUUUUUGUAGAAAAAUUAUAAGAGGAUUUGGAAUUAUAUUUUUAAAAUGUCAAUAAGUCUUAAUUUAUAUGAAAAGUUUAGAAUGUGUAAAGAAGAAAAAAUAUUAUAUAUAUUUUUUUUUGUACAGUUGUUAACUUAAUUAUUUCAAUGUGUUAAAAAUUAAUGAUCUCAAUAAUUUUAUCUUUGAAUUAAUUUUUUCUGAAAUCUAUAGUAUAUGGAUAUGUUUAAAAUUUAUUGUCUAGCUUCACAUAUAAAUGAGCUCCAUUCAAUCACUGUGUUUUAGCAUUUUCACCUUAACAAUAUUAGAUAAUAUACUAGUUUUGAAAAUUAAAAAUUUUUUAAAAUAUUUCAUGUUAUAUAUAAAAUAUUAACUAUUUCUUUUUUAAAUAUUAAGCUUCAUAUUAAUUUGAUAGUUGACAAAAGAUGUUUAAGAAAAUGCUAAAAUCAUUACAGUUGAUGAAAUUGUUAACUUCCACUGUUCACAAUUUGACUGCAACAAUUGUGCACAUUUUAAACUAUAUUCUUAACAAUGUUUUACUUUUCCUUUCUUUAAAUAAAAGAGACUGAUCAUUUUACAUUUAUUAUCAUUGGAUAUACAAUUUUUUAUUUGUUAAAUGUGUAUAUAAUUUCUAUUUUCUAAAAUAUAUGUAAUUUGGAUAUCAAUUGCACAAAAAGUUGUUCUUUUUAUUUUUCAUUGUAGAGCAUAAAAGUUGCAUUUUUUUGUUUUAUUUUUAUUGAAUCGUGUGUUAUGUGCCAUUAUUUUAAAGACUUAUUAAUUUGCUCAGGAGAACCAUAGAACUGUGAUUGGUUUGUAAUACGAGAGCUUUCUUAUAAGUAAUUAUCAUUUUUUUUUAAUUAGUUGCUUCCAUUAAGUUUAAUAUUUUCCCUUAUUAUAUUGUUUUUUAGACUCAUUAUACUAUUUUUAUUUUUUUUGUUAUAUUUGGCUAUAUUAAUUGUUUUAUAGCUAAAUAAUUUUAAACUUCAGUGGAUGUAUAUCUUUUAUUGAUAAUUUGUAUACUACAGUUGUAUACUUAUCAAUAUAUACUUUUAUAAUUGUUGUUUUUAUUUGAUUUUAGUUACCUUUGCUUAAUGAGGUUGUGACUAGUCUAUUCUCAAUUUUAAGAAAACCAUUUUGAAAAUUUGAUUUGCUAAAAUUUUUUUUCAUAAUGAACAAAAUGUUUC